AUAAAAUUUUAAAUCUCAAUCUCAAAUCUCUACCCCUUAACUCUAAACCUUAAGAUUUGGAUUAGUUAACCUUAUGGGUAUAAUUGUAUAUUUACAUCUUUAAUGAAACACUUUGGUUAUUUUGAUCUUUAGAGUCUACGAAGGUGAUUGGUAAGUGUUGUGAGUGUUUUCUACAGCUCAUUUUUUUUCUACUUCCAUUUUAGUUUAACAAUCAUGCUUUAAAGAAAAAGAUUUAAAACUACAGCUAUAAAAACUAAAAUAGGAAACAAAAUAGCUUUGGAAUUCAAUUUUUCUAAAACUUUAUAUUUAGUGCUCUGAGAAUAAUUAAUCUACGGUUACGGCAAUAAAAUUCUAGAACUAUUAAUCAUCUCAGAAAUUUUUUUUAGUGCUAGUAUUUCCUUGAAAUUAAUCCAGUAUUACCAGACAAUUAUACACCAAUCCAAAACUGAAAGCAAAAAGUAAACUAAAAACACACAAAUAAUAAAAAAAGCAAAGCAAAACAGUAACAGUGAGAAUAAUAAAUGAAAAAAAAAAUAAUGAAGGAGGAUGAGGAAGAAGAAAGUUAUCGGGAGUCCCCUGAACCAGCUCAUUCCGUUCCCCUGAGGCGAUUUCACUGUCGCUUUUAGUCAAAACGCUUCUUCUCCGAUCGGUCUCUUACUCUCUGUUUUCUACUUCAGGAUUUGUUGCUCUGGCUUUAGUGGUGUGUGGGUCUAUAUGAAAACAACCCACAUCUUCAAUGGACUGCAACAUGGCAUCUCCGACGUGGGACUGGGAUCAUUUGAUCAUGUUCAAUCCCUCAGAGACUGAAAACGACAAGAACCAGCAGCCGUCUCCUGAGUGGGAGAUUGAGAAAGGCGAAGGAAUUGAAUCUAUGUUUCCCUGUUUCGAUGGCCUCGAGAAAGUCAGUAGCGGCACUCCCUCCGGUUUCUGGCACUCGCAGUCGACCUCAACCAACUCUUCCUCUCCCAAAGUCAAACAAACCAACCUUGCGUCGGAAAGUUCCCCUGGCGAUUCUUGCAGCAACGUGGAUUCUGUCUAUGUGAAGGCUUCCACAUCUGCUGAAUCUGAUCUUUGUUUGGAGCUAGGAAAGCAGACAUACUCUGAAGAAUUUUGGUGUAGAGACAAUAAUGACCUUUCAGCCGUUUCUAUGAAUGCUCGUAAGAAACAGAGCGUUCAAGUCCCGCGUUGCCAAAUUGAUGGCUGUGAGCUGGAUCUCUCAUCUGCUAAGGAUUAUCAUCGCAAGCAUAGAGUCUGCGUUAACCAUUCAAAGUGCCCGAAAGUGACUGUGGGUGGCCUGGAACGUCGGUUCUGCCAACAGUGUAGCAGGUUGCAUGCCGUCUCUGAAUUUGAUGAGAAGAAACGAAGCUGCCGUAAACGUCUUACGCAUCAUAACGCGAGGCGUCGCAAGCUGCCAGGAAUAUUUCCAUUGAAUCCAGAGAGGGUUUGCAAUCCAAGACAUCAUACAAAUAUGUUGUGGGAUGAGAUGUCUCUAAACACGAAAUCUGAAGAAACGUUAGCAUGGGAUACAACUUAUGAUACAAAGCCUACACAGAUAGAAAGCGGCUUUACUUUGAGCUUCCAGAGAGGCCAUGGCCGCCCUGAUGAGCAGGUGGUUGCUGGUAGCAGCCGCUCUUUCUCUCCGUAUCAAACCUCUAGCGGGUUCCAACUUCCCAGCAAAGGUGUAGGAGAAUACUCAGGAGGCCUCAAUGAAUCGCAAGAUUUCUACAGUGCUCUCUCUCUUCUGUCAACGUCUUCGGAUUCACGUGGGACCAAACACAAUCCCAUGGUCGAGUCACAGCCAAUACAUGGCACUUUCCCUACUCAUUUUAUGUAGAUGCGUAAGGAAUGCGUGUGUCUCACUCCAUGAGAAAGUCAAGUUGCAUCCACUGGAGUUUCUUUUCAAAUAAAGUAAGAAUGUGUAACGUUCAUUGUUCAAGCUUAAACCCUGUACACAGUCAACUUCUUCUUGGAUUCUGUUGUAUGUCAACUUCGUUAUUUGAUCAGACAUGUCUAGUGUUUUAUA